CAGAGGCCGAGUUCAAGUCCCUCUUCAUUUUAUAUAAAGCGCACUGGUUCGUUCUCCUUACCCUGAACCAUGAGGAUCGCCGUUGUUAUUGCCCUGCUCGGGUUGGCAGCCCUGGCCUCCGCCGCCGAGUACCACAGGUACAAAGUGGUGAGCGUCGUUCCCAGAACUGCCGAGGACGCUACCGUAGUCCGAAGUGCUGUCGCCGCCCUUCACCUGGAGCAAUGGACAGACCCGCGCGCCCCUGGGGUUCCCGUGGAUAUCAUGGUGCCCCCAAAGCUUGUCCACGGCUUCCUCAACGGUCUCAAGAUCCGCGGAAUUCCCUUCACCAUCAAGAUUGACGACGUUCAGGCACUGAUCGACCAGCAGAUGGCCACCCAGAGAUCAGCUGAUCCUCAUCCUCGCCAGUUUGACCACACGUCUUACCACACAAUUGACCAGAUCUACUCCAUCUUGGACGCUGUAGAGAGUGACUUCAGCGAAAUGGUUUCCACUUACACCGCUGGAACUACUUACGAAGGCCGACCAAUCCGUGCAGUUAAGAUUUCAUCUGGUAGCGGCAGCACCAAAGAGGUUGUUUGGAUUGACUGCGGCAUCCACGCCCGUGAGUGGAUCGCCCCGGCUACUUGCCAGUGGAUCAUGGACAAACUGACCUCAGGCUACGGCAGCGAUAGCGAGGUCACGGAGUUGCUCGACGCCUACGACUUCCAUAUCUUGCCCUCUGCUAACCCCGAUGGCUACGCAUUCACUCAUACUUCCAACCGUCUUUGGCGUAAGAACCGUGUGCCCUAUGGCAGUCUGGGAUGCCACGGCACUGACCCCAACCGCAAUUUCGACUCUGACUUCGGGGGCCCCGGAACCUCCGACAGCCCUUGCUCUGACAUCUACCACGGACCAUCCGCUUUCUCAGAGGUAGAGUCGCAAGCUAUCCGGGAUUCAGUAUUGGCCUUGGCUUCUCAGAUGAAGGUGUUCUUCACAAUCCACUCCUACUCGCAGCUCUGGAUGACUCCCUACGGCUACACCUCUAGUCUUCCUGCUAACUACGAUGAUCAGUACCGCGUAUCUGGAGUGGGUGUCAGCGCACUCACUGCCGUCCACGGAACGCGCUUCGAAUACGGGAACAUUGCAGAUACUAUCUACCCCGCGGCUGGAGGCAGCAGCGACUGGGCCUACGAUGGCGCCGGCGUGCAGAUGGCCUUUGCCUUGGAACUCCGUGACACUGGGAACUACGGCUUCCUGCUUCCCGCUGAUCAGAUCAUUCCUGUGGGCGAGGAGACAUGGGCUGGCAUUGUGGCCGCUAUCAAAGCCAUCUAAAUAACGCCUCUUUUGACGACAAGAGUGUUCUGUGCGCUUUCUGUAGCUGUAAAGAGAAAGGGUACAUGAUAUACGAGCGUUGAGGUCUAGCUCAAGAAAAAUUCUGAAAUUUCCACAUUGGAAUAAAUUUGAAAUGAGCUUC